AUGUCACGCAUUGAAAAGGGAACGCAGCGAUUCAGACCUGCUGUAGCCAUUGGAAAGCGCUCAUCGCAGACUGAGAAGGCAAACGAUUCAGCAGCGCCUCGACCUGCGCCAAUUAAUGUGCCGUCACGCACACGUAUCGAUACCCCGUCACGAAGCGCAUCGUCGAUGCGUAUUUUACCUGGUCAGCGAAGAGAAACCGCCGGCACAAUAGCGUCUGGAUCAAACAGUGGGGCUGGCAGUUCCAGCAACAUUCAGUCUAUUUCAACGCGAACACCGACGCAGGUCCAGCAGCCAUCAUCACAGUCAGCGCCAUCAACAUCAUCUGGCAUCCCCUCCUCAGGUACUGCGCGCAGCUAUGCAUUUUCAUCACAGCCCCCUAAGAUACGCGUCCCAAUACAACCAAGAAGGCAGGUUCGUGAUUCAUCGCCUUCUGAAAGUUCUAAGCGAGCGUUAAAUCGUGGUGCGUCGACUCUAUCACCAUAUGAGCGGUUUCUGCAUGCUGCUCAGGCAGAUCCACUGCGCAUUCUUCAAAUGGACGUGGACUCUGACCCGAGUGCUAUUGCUGAGAAAGCAGCUGAGGCUUGGCAGUGUUUAGACCCGGCAGUUCGUGCUGAUUACGGCGCACCUGGAACGACGCUAGAAUCAACUGCUUCAACGACUCAAACACGCAUUCGUGGUCCUCGGAAACGAACAAACAAUAGUAUAUCCGAUGACGAGGCAGAAUAUCAGCGUCAAUGCGCACAAGAUGAAUCUGGCACAAUGUCCAUGGAUGCUGAUUUGCCGCCCAUGCGUGUUGAUAUCGGCACCACACGUAUGGAGUCGAUCGCAGUAACAAACUGGCGGAGUGGCCGUGCAAGCAGUCGAACCUUUGAACUUGAGCGUAUCCGGGCCCGACAGCUCAAAAAGCGACGUGAUGAGGCGUUGGGACAGCAGCAGAUCCAAGACGGAGAGAGGACCAUGUCUCAGUCAGCGGAGGGCCAAACCCACGGAAACGAGUCCAUGAAAUCAUCGGAGACACCAACACCUUCCGACACACCACGCGAAACGCCAGCGCCCGACGUCGAGCCACAGUUUGGAGAAAAUCGAUUUGCUGUACAAACACGUAUUGUGGAUGGUAAGAUUGUGCUGGAUGAGCAAUCUUUGUUUGCAAACUACCGUGAUGACGAACAGCAAGAGCGAGAGCAGCGGAACUGGGAGGUCAUCGACGAGCGCGAAAGUGAUCAGUUCAUCAACAGCGCAACACGAGGGAAACAGCGACGAACACAACGCUGGACGGGUGAAGAGACAGAGCGGUUCUUUCAUGCCAUUUCCCAAUGGGGCACAGACUUCGAAAUGAUCACUCGUCUAUUUCCUCGGCGCACACGUCGUGAGAUCAAGGCUAAGUGGACAAGAGAGUCUCGCCAGAAUCCACAGCGUUUGGAUGAUGCGUUCCAACGCCGGACGGCCGUCGACCUAAAUGCAUAUGGACAGGCGGCAGGUGUCGACCUUAGUGGGCCACCGCCGGUCAUUACGCCACGCACUGAGACAAAAGCUGAUGUGAACGAGGAGGUCAUAGAGGAAGACUCGAAUGUACAAUAG